AAAAAUGACACGUUUCUAAAUCUAUAAAUAAAACAUAAUAAAUUGUCAAAGUUCUAUUAACACCAGCAUGGCAACCCUCAAAAUCACCCGAAAGCAUCACAAGCACCUAAACAAUCCUUUCCCAUCAACGCCAAGAUCUCUUCCUUUCAUUCAAGGAAGCCUCUUCUUCAAUUCCCAAACACUACCUUCUCACCAAAUUUUCCCAGUUGGGAGAGAUUUCCAGCUUCUUUGGAGCUCCAAAAAUGGUGGGCAUCUCUCAAUUUCUCACCAGUCUCGGCCAACAAGAGCCCUCUGGUCCACCGUUCCUGGACAAGCUUUUGUCUCUGCAGCUCUCACUGAGACAGAGAUUGAUGAAAGCAGGGGAUCGUUUGCUAUCAAAGAUGGGAAUGUUCUUGUGGUUUGUGACCACCAAACAAUUGAAGAUAUAAGAGUGAUCAAGCAGCUGGAUGGUAACCAUUUUGAGGAGGCUAGCGAUCUUGAUUCUUCAUCUGGUUAUCUGAGUUUUGACCAGACAAAGGAUUUGAAAGAUACCCAGUCCCCUGUUUUGUUAAUAACAGGCAAGUUAUUUAGCAAAAGAAAGAAGAAACUUCCAGAUUCUAGCAUUUAUAAGCACAUAGAUUUUGACACAAGGGGCCCACGCGCUUCUGCAAGGUAUUGGGUUCUCUUUGAUCAGAAGAACCUUAACCAGAUUGGUUUUCAAGUUAGAGUUGGAGAACCCAACUUUGAAUUCUCACCAAGAUCUUCACCGACUCGUUUUGGAAAAUACCAGAAGUUAAGGUUGAAACUACGAAGAAUUCGAAAACGAAGGCUUGGAUGGUUUAGAUUCUUUACAAGGCCUAGAGGGUUUGUUGCAGUUUCUUCAUCGGAGGAAGUAGACACUAAGGUUGCAGAGGUUACAGAGUUCAACAGAAUCUGCCUUAGCUAUUCAAGUGAAACUAAUGAAAGGUUCUAUGGUUUUGGAGAGCAGUUUUCUCAUAUGGACUUCAAAGGGAAAAGGGUGCCCAUUUUUGUUCAAGAACAGGGAAUUGGAAGAGGAGAUCAACCUAUUACUUUUGCAGCUAACUUGAUUAGCUACAGAGCUGGGGGUGAUUGGAGUACAACUUAUGCUCCUUCACCAUUCUACAUGACAUCUGAGAUGAGGUCCCUUUAUCUGGAUGGAUAUGAUUACUCUGUUUUCGAUUUAACUAGACAGGAUAGAGUUCAAAUACAGAUUCACAGCAAUUCAGCUCAAGGAAGAAUUUUGCAUGGCAACUCACCUGCUGAGAUUAUUGAACACUUCACAGAAACUAUUGGGAGGCCUCCUGAGCUUCCUAAAUGGAUUAUAUCUGGAGCUGUCGUUGGAAUGCAGGGUGGAACAGAAGUUGUACGCCGCAUUUGGGAUGAACUUAAAGCCUAUAAGGUUCCCGUCUCCGCAUUUUGGUUGCAGGAUUGGGUAGGACAGAGAAAGACUCUGAUUGGAUCACAACUGUGGUGGAACUGGGAAGUGGAUACAACAAGGUAUAAGGGAUGGAAGCAAUUAGUUCAAGAUCUUGGUGCUCAGCAUAUUAAAGUGAUGACAUACUGCAACCCUUGUUUAGCUCCGGUACCAUUCUUUUUCCAAGCAUAUACAUUACCUCCACUCCAUCAUCAGUUUUUGUGCAUUAUCACUAGUACGGAUGAGAAACCAAACAGAAGGAGAAAUCUUUUUGAGGAGGCCAAAAAGUUGGACAUCUUAGUGAAAGACAAACAUGGAGAACCGUAUAUGGUUCCAAACACAGCUUUUGAUGUGGGAAUGUUGGAUUUGACCCACCCAGAUACCGCAAGUUGGUUCAAGCAGGUUUUGUUGGAAAUGGUAGAUGAUGGGGUCAGAGGAUGGAUGGCUGAUUUUGGUGAAGGUCUGCCUGUAGAUGCUGACCUUUAUUCAGGCGAAGAUCCCAUCUCUGCCCAUAACAGAUACCCAGAGCUAUGGGCUAAAAUAAACCGAGAGUUUGUGGAAGAAUGGAAAGCAAAUCGUGUUGGUAAGGAGAGAGAGGACCCAGAAGAGUCUUUGGUCUUCUUCAUGAGGGCUGGUUUCAGGGAUAGUCCCAAAUGGGGGAUGCUAUUUUGGGAAGGAGACCAAAUGGUUAGUUGGCAGGCUAAUGAUGGGAUAAAAAGUGCUGUUGUUGGACUACUGAGUAGUGGACUUUCAGGAUACGCUUUCAAUCACAGUGAUGUUGGAGGCUACUGUGCAGUAAACUUGCCUUUUAUCAAGUAUAACAGAAGUGAGGAGUUGCUUAUUCGAUGGAUGGAACUAAAUGCUUUCACCACUGUUUUCCGGACACAUGAAGGAAAUAAACCAUCUCGCAACAGCCAAUUCUACUCAAACCAGAAAACUUUAUCAUAUUUUGCACGCUGUGCUAAAAUGUAUAAAGCUUGGUAUUUCUACAGAAUCCAACUAGUAAAGGAAGCAUCCCAGAAAGGCCUUCCCAUUUGCCGCCACCUUUUUCUUCAUUAUCCAAAUGAUAAGCAUGUGCAAAGCUUGAGCUACCACCAGUUCUUAAUUGGUACUGAAAUCCUAGUGGUGCCUGUUCUAGACAAGGGCAAGCAAAAUGUCAAGGCCUAUUUUCCAGAAGGUGAAACUUACUCCUGGAAACAUGUCUGGUCGGGAAAGCUAUUCACAGAACCAGGUUCUGAAGCCUGGGUGGAAGCUCCACUUGGUUAUCCUGCUGUAUUUAUCAAGGAUGGCACUUUUGUGGGAGAAACAUUUCUAGAAAACCUGAGAAAAUUUGACAUUCUUUAAUAAAUUAGUCCUCAAAGAGGGCUACCAUUGACAUAAAUGGAAUUGUAACUACUUACUAACAAAUGACCGUCCAUCAUUCUUAGAAAGUUUGCUUCUGCAAUUUGGUAACUGAACUUUGUACUUCCUUAACAUCUGCCCAACUUUCCGAAUAUAGGUUUUGGUUACUGUUCUUUAUUAA